GCUCUAACAAGGAAUCGGUGCAUUUAUUUCUUCGUCAUCCGCCCUCUUUCCUCCUGGAUCGAUGGAUCCAUCUUGUCUCGUUCUCUAGGCAUUGAUUUCUUGUGGGGACUACUAGCGAUUGAUGCGAGGAAAGGGGCCGCGGAGUGGAAUGCCGGAUGGACGUGGAUUGAUGCCAACGCUUCAAUCGUCUCGUGUGUUUGUCCUGGCGCUAUCGCUCGGAGCCGAUUUCCCCGCGGCGAUGCUGCCGACAAAGCGACGCCGACGCGCAGGAUGAUCGAUCCAAUCCAUCAGUUCCGUCGGCCGGCGAUCAAACAGGGUCUGGGUAGGAGAAGGGAAUCCGGCAAUCAUUGGCGGCACGUUAUCUUUUCGAUCGCGCUAUAAAAUGGGGCUGAUAAUCCUAUCAUUCCAGAAGGAUUGAUUGAUCGGCCUGAUGGUCGAUCGAUACAGCGGAUUACCGGGUGGAGCAAUGCCGCUGCCCUGGAUCUCGACGGCAUUGUUCGUGCUCUUGGCCGGGUAUGCGAAAUAUGUGACCAGCUCGAAAGAAUGCGACCGCGUCCACUAUCUUCCAGGGAGUGACGCCAAUCUCUACCACUUCGAUCAGUACGCCGGCUAUGUGACCGUGAAUCAAAGCGCUGGGAGAGCUCUCUUCUACUGGUUCACCCAGGCCACGCACGAUCCGGCGUCCAAGCCGCUUGUUCUAUGGCUUAAUGGAGGUCCCGGUUGCUCCUCGAUCGCGUAUGGCGCUAUGCAAGAGCUUGGGCCAUAUCGCAUUACCAAGUCGGGACUCUCCCACAACAAAUUUUCCUGGAACAGGGUCGCGAAUGUCUUGUUCUUGGAGUCUCCUGCAGGAGUUGGCUUCUCUUACUCCAAUACGAGCAGCGAUUUGAAAUUUCCAGGAGAUAAGAACACAGCCAGGGACUCUUAUAUUUUUCUUGAGAGAUGGUUAGAGCGGUUUCCCGAGUACAAGAAGAGAGAUUUCUACAUCACUGGUGAAAGUUAUGCUGGACAUUACGUUCCUCAGCUUGCAAAUGUCAUAUACAACAAGAACAAGAAGAAAGAAAAUCCAGAUAUAAAUCUGAAAGGCUUCAUGGUUGGAAAUGCACUGCUGGAUCACGAGAAAGACAGAAUUGGCAGAGUGGACUUCUGGUGGUCGCACGCUCUCAUUUCCCACAACACGUAUCGUUCCAUCGUCCGCUACUGUAAUCUCAAAGGCGAGACAAACGGGACUCAAGACCAAUGCAGCAAAAUCGUGUUGUAUGCCUACCAGCACGAGUUCGGUACCAUGGAUCGCUACAACAUCUAUGCUCCGGUGUGUCUUCGCGCCAGUUCUUCUCAGAGAACGUUCACACGGUUCUUUAGUGAUCCCGUGUCGAGAAUAUACCAAUACAGCGGGUAUGAUCCUUGUGGGGAUGACUACGUUGAGGUCUACUUCAACAGACCGGACGUCCAACAAGCUCUCCAUGCCAACGUAACAGGCAUUCCUUACAACUGGACGGGAUGCAGCGAAACGAUUAACACCAACUGGCAAGAUUCGGAUGAGACAAUGCUGCCGAUUUAUAGAAAGCUGAUGAAAGCCGGACUAAGAAUCUGGGUGUACAGUGGAGACGUCGACUCGGUUGUUCCAGUGACUUCUUCACGAUACUCGGUUGAGAAACUCAAGCUUAACACAACGAAACCGUGGUAUCCAUGGUACCGAAACAAACAGGUUGGUGGAUACACGGAAAUUUACGAUGGGCUGGCAUUUGUGACGGUCCGAGGUGCUGGCCAUGAGGUACCAAUGUUCCAACCCGGCCGCGCCUUCACGCUCAUCAAAUCCUUCCUGGCUGGAAAGCCAAUGCCAUCCGGAGACUCAAAAUCUCACAAAGUGAGAGAAUGAAUUGUCAGGGGACACUUUUACCAAGGUAUCUUUGUUGAGUUCGUAUUUAUUGCUCUACCGGAUCGCUGCUAGCAGAGAAAAAAAAACGUAUAAUUCCGGAAGAACGGGAUGAGAUGAUUUGGCAGCCAAGAUGUGAUUUGGGAACACAAGAAGUAAAGUUUCCUGUUUUUUUCUCCAGUGAAACUCUUCAGUCUUUGUGAGCCUGAACGCCAGGUUGAGUAUAGCGUUCUCUUGGUCGAAUGGUUCUGGCAACUUCUGGUAGAGCUCCUCAUCCUGAAAGAUUGUAAGAAAAAUAAUCCAAUAACAAAGCGAUAUUAUACCAUGAA